AUGAUUCCACAUCGUCCCGGCCAGUAUCUUCACUGCCGCUGGGGCUUCAAUACCGGACCCGUGUUCACCGGCGUGGUAGGCAUUCGAGCACCGCGCUACUCUGUUUUUGGACCAACUGUCACUAUCGCCGCAAAAAUGGAAAAUUCUGGCAUACCCGACCGCAUUCAGAUGACCUUAAAGAGUCAUCAAAUGCUUACAGCGCGAUUUCCGGAGUUCAAAACCAGUUCGAGAGGCAGCGUGAAAAUCGAUGGCCGUUUGAUCACCCAAAAAGAUCCAUCUAUUGAAAAGUAA